GUUUUGACCCAAGAACAAUCAGAAGCUCUGUUUCAUUUAUCCGGUGUAUAUAAUGUGCCCCAUUUUUCUCAUUUCUUCCGGAAGUUUUAUGCAUAUAAUAUAGUCUACAAACUUUGCUAGUAAUAUCUAAUCCUAAUACAAACAGAAUGGUCCUCACUACUGUGAUACUAGUUUUUACAUUUUUAAUUCAAGUCUUUGGAUUUGACCCUCACAGCAAUUCCAACGUCGUCGUAUACUGGGGUCAAAACUCAGCAGGACAGGCAGGAAGCCAACAGAGAUUGUCAUACUAUUGUAACUCCCCUGAUGUUGACAUUAUCAUUCUUUCAUUCAUACACGUUUUCCCUGACCCAGUGAAUAUGAACUUUGCCAAUGCUUGUGAAGGGACGGCUACUGCUGAUGGAAUCUUGCAAUGUCAAACAAUCGCUGAGGAUAUCAAGACUUGUCAAGCUGAAGGAAAAGUAAUCUUACUUUCUCUCGGUGGUGCCGCUGGUUCUUACAGUAUGACCGAUGCCGAAGCUCCUGCUUUUGCACAAACAUUGUGGGAUUUAUUUGGAAACAGUAAGAAUUUGACUCCCGACCAACGUCCAUUUUUCGAUUCUGUUCUUGAUGGUUUUGAUUUUGAUAUUGAAAACAAUAUGCCAGCAGGAUACGCCACUCUUGCUGACAGUUUAAGAAAGUUGUUUGCAACUGAUUCUUCCAAAACCUAUUACCUUGGUGCUGCUCCUCAAUGUCCUUAUCCUGAUGCUUCUGUUGGGCCAUUGUUACAAGAUAGUUAUAUUGACUUUGUGUUUAUUCAAUUCUACAAUAACUAUUGUUCAUUGCAAGGACAGUUUAACUGGGACACUUGGUUGAAUUAUGCUCAGAAUACCUCUCCUAAUAAGAAUGUCAAAUUGUUUGCUGGAUUACCUGGUUCUCAAACUGCUGCUGGUAGUGGGUAUGUUGCUCCUAAUCUAGUUAGCAAUUAUAUUACCCCACAGCUUAUGCUGUCUCCAUAUUUUGGUGGUAUUUCGUUAUGGGAUGCUUCUCAAGCUUGGGCUAAUAUUGAUGCUAAUGGUAACACUUAUGUCCAUGAUAUGAAGGCUCUUGUAGCUGAAGCUCCAUCUGUUGCUUCACCUAACACAGUUUCCACCGCCUCAUCUAGUACCACCUCAUCUAGUACCACCUCAUCUAGUACCACUUCAUCUAGUACCACUUCAUCCAGUACCACUUCAUCCAGUACCACUUCAUCCAGUACCAUAUCAUCCAGUACCAGUUCUAUCCUCACAUCAUCAUCUGUUAUCACAUCCUCCUCAAGUACUCUUAUCUCAACUUCCAGUUCAACUGUUUCUUCCAGUACCGUCCCAACUAGUACUACAACUAGUUCCACCACCACCACAUCAUCAUCAUCAUCAUCAACCACUCCAACAUCAUCCAGAUCCACCACCACAAAUACAAAUACAGCUACUAAAGUAUUCACCGAAUUUGUCUACGCACCAACAACGCUCGUUACGGUACAAACAAGCUACCAAGUUAAAACAACAAUAACACAUUUACAAACAGUAUAUGGAAAGCCUACGGGUGUAUUCUAAUGAGGAUGCUUGGAUAAAAUUUCGGUUCUUUUAAUGGUUUUAUAUUUUUUUUCUUCUCUCCUUGUUAUUACAUAGUUACACAGGAUACCUUUAUUAUAUACAUGAUAUCAAAUGCCUCGUUUGCCUAGUAAAUCCUCUAAAUGUAGGCCAGAGAGGAACUCCUGUCCCGCCUUAUUAAGAUGCAUGCCCAAGUAUUCUCCUCCAGAAUAUUCUUCUAGAGCAUAGGGAUUACCAGUAAGGUUUAAUGGACUUGAUAUGUGAACACACAUCAUGGGGAACAAUGUUCCUUCAAACAGUUUUAAUGCUUGUUUUGUAAGAAUUUGCGGAGUUACAAGAACCAUAAUUGUUGUUUUGGGGUUUGCUCUAUGGUGGUAAUAAAUUCCACUGAGCUCUUUAAUAGCGCCUGGUUUCAACUUCGCUUUGAAGUUCUUACAUUGAACCAAUACAUUAAUCUCGGUCUGCAAAGAAAUAUUAUCCUUUUGUGUAGUGUCUUUUUCUUUGGAGUAGUGUAUGACUGAUCGCUGGUCCACAUCCAGAUUAGGAAACAAACUGAGAGAUUUGUGGUAGAAAUAAGAAAGAUCCCAUUGACCAAUCAAAUCCAACCCGUCAUCUCCUGGACCACCGGCUUUGAUGAGAUUCUUGAAAUGGAAUGCCUUUUCAAGGAUAUCUUUGGCAAGUAACUCGUAUAAUGUUCCCCGGAAUACCGUAGACUGGGGGUCAAUUUUAUUGAACGUGCAGUACUCGAAAUAUUCGGAUAUUCCUUGAAUUUCACCAGCUUUGAGAGAGACUGAUCGUACUAUUUCCCUUCGUAGUGGUGUGAACAUAUAUGGCUUGAUGGCUUUUAUCAUGCUAUUGCGUAUUUUGUUUGCAACCCCAUU